AUGUAUGCCCUCCUGCGGCAUGGACGCCAAUCUAGUUUCUCUUCUAAAGGCCCUCGGUUUCCCAUUAAUUCCAGACCUCCAGUCACCUCUCAAGAUCUGCUGUUCUGUAUUAGAGAUGGAACUAAAUCAAGGGAAAGCUUGUUUCAGUUUAGUAAGGAGAUUAAUAGUGUGGCUUGUGGCAUUCUUGCUGCUUGGGCUGUGACCGCUGCCUCACCUGUAAUUGCUGCUAAUCAGAGGCCGCCCCCACUAUCGACGGAGCCUGACCGGUGUGAGAAGGCACUUGGUGGGAACACGAUUGGUCAAGCAAAUGGUGUUUAUGACAAGCCUAUAGAUCUUCGCUUCUGUGAUUAUACAAAUGACAAGUCCAAACUAGAGGGGAAGUCUCUUGCAGCAGCACUUACGUCAGAUGCCAAGUUUGACGGUGCAGAUACGUCAGAAGUGGUAGUGUCAAAGGCUUAUGCUGUUGGAGCUAGCUUCAAAGGUAAUUUUUCAGUUCAGCCCUCAUCUAUAUAUCUUCUGUAA